AUGAGCUCAGGAUUUAUAUCAGAGUCUGAAAUACUGGAAGCGAGACGCCGAAGACAAGAAGAAUGGGAAAGAGUCCGCACCGAAGACCAACCAAAAGAAGCACCAGAAGAGGCCUAUGAUAAUAGACCGCUGUACCAACGAUUAGAAGAACAGAGGGUGAAGAAAGAGGCUGAAUAUGAAGAAGCUCACAAACUCAAAAACAUGAUCCGUGGUCUGGAUGAUGAUGAAGUUGGUUUUCUGGACUUAGUGGAGAGGACAAAGGCGAAGGCUGCUCAACAAAUAUCUAUUGAAGAGCAGAGAGAGAUGCAAGAAUUCAGAGAGCGUGUGUCAAAUUUAGCGGAGAGUGAAGAGAUGAUAAGACUGCGGGCUCAGAUAGCGCCCGCACGUACCUCACAGACGACGUCAUCACAGGCGCAAACACAGAAGAAUAAACUGCAGGGGGUUGUAGUCAGAAAACGCAAAGCGUGUGAUAUGGAUGGUGAUAAACAAGAUAAGACAGAAAAUGGGCCCCUGCCAGCUAAGACAAAUGGAUUGUUACCUAAUAGUCCAGCGGAACAGAUGGGGUCGGUGGGGGCCGCCACGAUGCGGUGCGUGGGCGUGCUGCCCGGCCUGGGACACUACGACACCGACUCCACCUCCGACACCGACGAUUCUAGCGAUCUAGAGUCUCUUGACAAAUGCUGCAAACGUGACAUGUUGGGGAGGCGGCCAGAGACAGACAAGUCGAGGAAAGAGGGAGAGAAGAGCUAG